CAGUUUAACUUACAUAUCUAUACUAAACUUACAUUGUUCACUAAACGUACUCUUUAUAUUUCGCUAUUAAACUGACCAAAAUGGGCGCAUGGCGAUUUUUGCUCGUCACUUGUUUGCCAUUUGUGGUUUAUUGUCAUAAUCAUGGGGUAUUUCAUCAAGAUAACCACCAGAUUGGACGGAACCAGGAACCUAUAGUGACCCCUGAAUAUCAAAUCCCAUCCUUCCCUCAUGACGGAAGACGAUGUGUUUCUUUUGCUCGGCAAACAAAAGUAGUGGACAUCCAACUGCCUUAUCUGUGUUUACCAGGAAAACCAGGAGGGGUACCAAUUCCACAGAGAAAUGACAAACAAACAGCAACAACCUUAUUAGCUAUGUACUGGAAUGGUUGGAGAGUUUGCAAACAUGAAGUUAAAAUGCCGAUGAACAACUAUGUGAAAGUGUCGACGUGCUGUCCUGGAUGGGAAGCAGGACCUACUGGAGAUUGUACACUUCGCAAACAAGAACCAUCAUUCCACAGUCCGUGUAAAAAUGGUGGUUUCCUUGCUCCAGAUUCUCGUGUACCAAGGUGUGUGUGCCCACCAGGUUUCAAAGGGCUUUUAUGUCAAACUCCUUGCCCAAUGGCAUUAAACAGACUUGUGGCAGGACGACUCAGCAAUUCACCAUUUAUGAAGCAUAUCCUUCCAAGAAUGAGAAAUCUUAUCAACAUCCAAACCAAAAACCUUAUGAGAGGUUUAGGACCACGAAAUAUACCCUUGGGUAAUCCAUACAUGCCGACUAUGAUGAGAAGAACAAAUCCAUUCAGUGUGCCCGGAAUUAUGGGCGCCUCCAUGUCUAAACCAAUGACACUAUUAAAUAUCAUGGCAAUGAAAGAAUUAUUAAAACCAAGAAGGAAAUCGGUCAUGAGGAUUAGCAAAAUUAUACCGCUUGGUGUGAUGAGCAAACCUGUUAUAAAUCAACAAACACCACAGACAUCGGAUACCACAGACAAGUCAAAUCCAAUGUACAGAGUAAACAUUCUUGACAACUCGCUUCCAAAUCAAAACCAAAAUCUAAAUCAAGAAGAUAUACCGCAGCAUCAGGAAACCCACCCAGCAACUCAACCACAGCCGGUUAAUGUGCAUUCAUUACCUCCUCAAUACACACCUCAAGAAUUCCCACAACCAACCCAACAACAAAUACCAAACUUUAAUGAUAAACAUGUAAAUGGGGAAACAAGCUGUAAAGAUAUCUUAAAAAUGGGGAUAACUCGUUGUGUUCAAGAAGCUGGCAUUGACGCCCUACCAGAAGAUAUAUUUGAAUCUACAAGCCCUCAAAAUGAAGCAGUAGUACAACAAAUAUGUUCAUUACGGGGUAAUCAGCUAUCAUCUUGUAUAAUGGCUGGACAAAAUGCUUGUGGAAAUGGAAUACAAAUAAGUAUAACACGUAGAAUGCUCUUGGAAUUUAUCUCCAGUGUAGGACAAAAGUGUAACCAACCAUCUAAUCCAAUACCGCCUGUCGUCAACUUAGCAAGUCCACAAACCUUUGACAUCAAUAGAAUGGGACCAAUGUAUCCAUAUGUAACACCACACGCUUCCAUGGUUCCUUUACCACCAGCAAGUCUAAGAUCAUUUAUUGGGAAAAAUCCAUUCCUACCCUUACAACAAAAUAGAAUUAUGCCAGUUCCACCAAUUGGACAUUCUGAACCACCUGUAGGUCAACAUGUUCCAAUAAGACAGCCUGCUACUAACCUAGGGCAAUCUGUACCUCCUAUGGAAGAACCUAUACAAACAAUUGAAUGUUUUAACAAUGGAUAUGCUGUUAUGGAUAACGGUCAACAAGUAUGUGAAUGUCCAGAAGACUUCUCAGGUGACAAUUGUGAAAUAGCUGUCUGUGAAUCAGAAUGUAUGAAUGGGGGUAAUUGUGAAGCUGUUGCUGGUACUACAAUGUGUAUCUGUGCUGAAGGUUUUAUCGGAUUACAAUGUGAAGAAGCUGAACCAGAGUUGACUGAAGCAGAUAUCACAGCCCUAGUAGAUGAUAGUGUAUUGGCCCAAGACACAAGUGUAACAGGACCUGAAGAUGUUUCUCAAAAAGUUAUUGAUAGUUACCCCAUUCCUCACUUACCAAAAGAAUCUCCCGAAGGCUUCCUCACUACAGCAAGACCAUUGCCAGUUGAAGAGAAAGUGGCAGAAAUGCCCCAACAAGAAUCUCUUAAGCCAAUCGAAUCAAAAGAAGUAAAAAAAUUAAAUCAAGAAGAUAAUUCAGAAGCAGUGAAGACUGAGAUUCUGAAAGCUGAUGAGGAUUUCAACUUCGAUGACUAUCCAUUAUGGAUGAUACUUUCUGUAUCAUUUGGAGCACUAUUAUUGGUCCUUUUAUUGACCACUUGUGUCUGUAUGUGUGUUAAGAGACGUUCAAGAAGAGUUGUCACUGUAACAACUAAAGCAGCUGCCCUUCCUGAGAAGUCUCCAGUAAAAGACAACAUUUAUGUUGUUGGAAUACCACCGCCUGUUUAUGAGGACUAGCCUUUAUAUACUUUCAUCACAGAGGUAUUCUGUCAACUAUCAUUAACAGCAAUAUUUUCUCAAACCUCCUUAUCUACUCAGUACAAAAUAAAUCGUUUCUUUGAA